AGUCGCACCGGUGCUUGUCCCAAAGUCCCAUUUGUCAAAAGUGUCAGCUGAUAAACAAAAAAAAAUGCUUUUCUGGGUAUUUUUUGUUCUAAUUUCCGCCAAAUUGGCUUCCUGUGCUGAGUAUCGGGAUGAAUUUCAUGAGGAAUUGUUCAUAAAACCCUUAGUUAGUGGUCAUAUUAAUACAUUUUUCCAAUUCACCACGAAAUGGCAGUACAACAACCGGGAAAAUCUUCAUCACACUCACCUUGCACCGAGAUCUCUGGCUGAGAUUUUCCAUGUGUACAGCCUCCGGGAGUUGCAUGUGAGCCUGACAAAUGUUUUGUGGAGGUAUGAAAAUUGGGGUUAUCCGGUGAUUGAUGCAGCUCCGGGAGCUGAAGUUCUGGCAUGGUUCGAUGCUCAAGAUGUCCGGAAUACGCCGGAAAAGAUAGAUGAGCAGUGGAAGAAUCUUGUGGCAACGCUGUCGGGGCUUUUGUGUGCAUCCUUGGGAUUUAUUGAUGAUACUAAUACGGUUCAGCCUCAUUUUACCAUUAGGCCCCAGUUUUAUUCCUCUGUGCAGGUAAAUUCCAGCUUUGUGAGGUACUCAACUCUGCCCCAUGAGGUAGUUUGCACGGAGAAUCUGACCCCGUGGAAAAAACUCCUGCCAUGUGGACACAGUGAGGGAUUUCUUUCUCUCCUGAAUUCCAAUCACAUUUAUGCCACGAAUUAUCAUUCCCUGGGGAUUCAUGUGAGACAGUUGAAGGGUGGGAAGGGUUCGGGGGAGAUGCUAGAGAUCAAGCAGACGGUGAAUUUGGUGUAUGAUCAGAUCCUUUUGGGUGGGCAGGAUUGGUCUGUGAGGAAACUCUUUGGUCAGGGCCUUGCAGGAUCAUGCCCAUUGGCUGAAUCCAGCAAAAUCUUCCUGGACAUGACACAUUCGCAACAUCUGGACUUUACCCCGGUCCCGGAGGCUGUUCAAACGUCCCGCAGGGGCGGAAUUGAUACGAUUUUUGCGGUUUAUGAUAUCAAAAAGGAAGUUCCCGGAAGAAUGUUCAAUCUAGCGGCUAUCCGGAAGGUAGAAACCAAGAAUAUCUUGCCCCUCAGUAGUCCUCCGCCCCUAUACGCCAGAAGGUACAUCUUAGGGAUUGGUCAGGAACGCGGAAGGAUCGUGACCAAGGUGACAAAUACUCACUGGUCAGAACUCAAUGUAAUUGUCCAGGAAAAUAUCCCAUGGUUCGUUCCAAUCUACCUGCACACUCUCACGCUCCGGCUGCCUUCGGGGCAGCUGAUCAAACCCUCAGCUGUCAAGUACAUUCCUGGUCAACAGAGGCGUCGCGCUUACCACCUCGAAGUUGCCUUUAAGCUUCCGGCUCGGACGAGCGUAGAAAUGAGCUUCCACUUUGACUACAUCUUCCUGAAGUGGCAGGAAUAUCCCCCAGACGCCAAUCACGGGCACUACCUAGGCUCAGCAAUUGUAGCUGCGCAGCUUCCGGUUGCCAGGAACUUCACAGGAGUCCCAGUUGAUGGAUCUCUCUUCGUGGACAACUAUAGGGCCAAAAUGAAUAUCAAUGUGUAUCGGGAAAUUGUCCUGGAAGAAGCUCUGAAGCCGUGA